UAAACCACAGCUGCCACCGGAGCCCGUGGUGAGAGCAGCGGGCCUUCUCCCUUUCGCGGCUCUGCCCUGGAGACCCGGGAGGCCUGCGCCUACCUCUCCCCCCCAGCCCAUGGGGACCCUGGUGGCCAAACUGCUUCUCCCCACCUUCAGCAGCCUGGCCUUCCUCCCCGCGGUCAGCAUUGCCGCCAAAAGGCAGUUCCACAUGGAGGCCAUGGUCUACCUCUUCACCAUGUUCUUCGUGGCGCUCUACCACGCCUGCAAUGGGCCCGGCCUGUCGGUUCUCUGUUUCCUGCGCCACGACAUCCUGGAGUACUUCAGCGUCUACGGGACGGCGCUGAGCAUGUGGGUGUCGCUGAUGGCGCUGGCCGACUUCGACGAGCCCAAGCGGUCGACUUUAGUGAUGCUUGGUGUGCUGACCAUCGCCGUGCGGAUCUACCACGACCGCGGGGGCUACGGGGCGUACUCGGGCCCCAUCGGCACGGCCGUGCUCAUCAUCGCGGCCAAGUGGCUGCAGCAGAUGAAGGAGACGAGGCACCUGUAUCCCGACAAGAGCGUGUACACCCAGCAGAUAGGCCCCGGCCUCUGCUUUGGGGCUCUCGCCCUCAUGCUGCGCUUCUUCUUUGAGGACUGGGAUUACACCUACGUCCACAGCUUCUACCACUGUGCCCUGGCCAUGGCCUUCGUCCUGCUGCUGCCCAAGGUCAACAAGAAGGCUGGAAGCGCCGGGCCCCCCGCCAAGCUGGACUGCUCCACCCUCUGCUGUGCUUGUACCUAACUGCAUCCCCGGCUCCAAGCCCCCGCCCUGCCCCAUCCCAGGCCUGGCGAGAGCCCUCCGUCCUCCCCCACCUGCAGAAACGUCCCUCCUCAGAUCCUGAGGUCUCCAGGGCUGUGGGAAGCACCCCACUGAGUGCUUCUUGAGAAUCCACUUAUUAGGUUUCUACUGGGUACUGAGCACCAUGCUGGAAAGAAAAGAACCUUCUCCCUUCUCCUGGGCCAAGGUCCUGCCGAGUGGGUAUGUCUGCAGAGCCCUGGAGCCAGCGUCUGUCCCCACCCCCUUCCCUCCUCGCCCAGCCCCAGCCACAGAGGGGCUCUGCCUCCCCCCCAGUCCCGUGUGCCCCCCACGCCGUCUGUUUUCCCUUGGAAACAGGUAUUUCCACUCCUGACCUAUGGCCUCAGGCUCAGCGCGCCUGG